AGUUUGCGAGCACUCGAUCUUUUCUCAUACGGCAUAAAUUCAGUGCGUCUCCUUGUGAUCACGUGCGCCUUUCGUGACAAGGACUCGCUGCCAUCUCAGUGUUGUCACGACGGGAUCACGCAGUAACGAAGUGACAUUCUCGCGGGCAAAUCGAACAGCUGUGACUGUGAAUUUGAACUUCGCUGUUUCGUGGCGAACCAACGAUAUCGGCUCUCAGUCUGUUCGGUGGCUCGUGCUGCUCAGUGGUGCUCAUCGUAUGGUGUAGUGUGAUCAUCGUGUUCCGCUCAUCAUGCCUGACACAGAGAAGGCCGCCAAAGCAGAUGCUGAGGAAAAGACAACCUCGGGUCGGCAAUCUCCUCUCACCCUCAAUGUGCCUGGUCAACAGACCGCCCCCAAGGGGACAGCUUCUGGCAACACUCAAGGACGCAGCUCACGUCAGACUUCUCCAGCUCGUCUCUCCACCGAGCUCACACUCAAGGUGAGAUCACAAAUGAGUCGUGUUAAUACUAUAAAACUCAUUGCAGACGCGAAGGUUAUUGACCCCGAGAGCACAUCACUAGGGGAGGUCAAAGCAGCGCUGUCUCAAUUGGAGGAGCUACACAAGGCGUUCUUGAAGGAGCACGCUUAUUUUGAGAUAACAUGGCCUGAGGCAUAUUUGGAUCACGAGUAUUUUGCGGACAACAUCCAUGAAAAGGAAGCUCAUCUCGUGAUCUCAGCUAAGCUACUGCUCAACAAGCACUCAAAGCUCAAUGACGUGGAAAAACUUCAUUAUCUCAGAGGCUGUGUGCAGGGCACUGCGGAGCAGCUCAUUCGAGGUUUGCCUCUCACCGGAGAUUCUCUUCAACCAUCCUGGGAUCUGCUCACCUCAAGGUUUGAGAACAAGCGACUCAUCAUCCAAGCUCACUUUGACAGUCUCUUCAACCUUACGCCUGCCUCACCCAAGAAUGCCGCAUCGCUCAUCCAGCUGGUCACAACAGUGUCCGAGGUGGACAGAGCUCUAAAAUCACUCGGUAUAGCGAAGCACAUGUGGGAUUGCCUUUUAGUCCAUCACGUGUCACGCUUCCUGGACAGAAACACCAGAGUGGCUUGGGAAACCUCGCUUGGAUCAUCUCACGAGUAUCCGCGCUUCACGCAACUUGAGGCCUUCCUCAAUGCCAGGGCGCGAGCAUUGGAGAGGGUGGAGGCCACGUCUUCUCCCUCGGGCCACUCAUUGGGAGUCACACCCAGCUCAUCUAAAUCUGCGAUGAAAGGGGUGACUGCUCACCAAGCAUCCGCUCCCGCGACUUCUCAGACGACUCCACAAGGAUAAGGAAUAUCUCACCAAGAACAUCUCACUAAGCGACGUGUACUAUCUGAAGUGGCACAGAUAUCGGAUCCACCUGGUUUGUCUCACCACUCGUGAUAAGAGCCAAGAGGCUUCUGCAAGAACUCUGGCUCCACAAGAUCACCUGGGAUGAACCGUCACCAUCUCAAGUUGGCUCACGGUGGCUCAACAUUAGAAAGGAUCUCACAGGCCUGACCAGGCCCUCAAUUUCA